CCCAAUGGUUGUGGGAGGUAUAGAGUUUUGGGGAGUGCAUAUAAUCAACAUAUUAUCGAAGGUGCUUAGAUAUUGAUCCUGUAUUUCGAGGUAGUUCAAAUUCGUCUCUCUUGGACCUUCGGGUUUGACCUUAAUUUUUAUUCCGUGCUCGGUGGAGAAUAAUUCGCGUGCAAAAUGCCGAAGAGAAAGUCUCCAGAGGGUCCUGAGGGCAAGGAGGCCCCCAAAGUCACAAAACAAGAGCCCACCAGAAGGUCAGAGAGACUGUCAGCGAAACCUGCUCCCCCCAAGCCUGAGGUCAAGCCCAAGAAGGCCAUCGUCAAGAAGGUGGUAGAUGAUAAGGGGUUGAAGGCAAAGAAAGGCGGUGCUAAGGGUAAGAAGGAUGACGGCCCUGCCCAGAACGGAGAGACCAAGACCAAUGAGAUCUAUGUGUCUCGUCCGUCUGUCAGAGUGUCCUCCGUCAGAAGCACCGCUCCCUCCCUGAUGACAGUGAGAGGGCAGAGUGAGACAGUCAGAGUUAAGGGUAACUGAGGCAGCAGAGGAUGCGACUGAGGAGAAGGCGUAAAGACACGGACGCGUCCACCGACUCGUCCUCUCUGACUCCAUGGCAGCAAAGCAUCUUUUUUUACUGACGAUUUUUGUACCAUGCUGAAUUUUUUUUAGACUUGUGAUAGUAGAGACGGACAACCAGCAGCCCCAUCCUCAUAUGUUCACACUCCUCUCAGCUCCUCUACCUACAGUACUUUUUCGCUCGAUUCUCCUCCCCUCCUCCAUUCUGUGUCACUAAACGCCUCUCAGAAGCAACAAGACAGAAUGAAGUGUUUUUUAUCAGACGGCUGCAGAUGUUCUUCAUCUUGCCUGAAGGGGAACGGUAAUCAUGACUGUUAUGAUCUCUAAACCAGCUCUGCCUAUAUUUGUAGUCACUACAAAAGAUGAUCAUUAUUAUUGGCACUCUUGACUUUUUACCCCCGGAUUGUUUAAGGUGAAGAUUUGUGGAUGUGUAUCAGCAGUGCGGCGUUAGAAGAAAUCAGAUUCAUAGUCGCCAUGGAGAACAUCUGCAGCUUUUUUUUAAAAAAGAAAUCUCCGUUUUUAGAAUCACUACCACUGUGUUUCACAUAGCUCCUUUUGUAUGUGUGUGCUGGAGCGAAUGUGUUUGUGGGUCUCUGUGUUUGACUUCAGUUCACUUUGCCCCCCCCCCCCAAAAAAAAAACCCACCCCACCCUCCCUGAACGCCUUGUCCUGCAGCAGAGUGACAUAGCAAUAAUGAGUGGUGCUUCUGUUCUAGACGGCUCUAUUGGCUUUGGACCCUCUGGGCUUCUUUGAGUUUCAUCUUGUUGGGAGAGUAUUUUGAAAUAAAAGAAAAAGUUGAUGUCA